AUGGAUCCGCGCUCUACAACGCCUACCCCAGGCAACCCAAGCGGGAAGCCGCAGUCGGGGCUACUUGCAAUCCGCGUUUUGUGGGCGGAGAACCUCGCCCUGCCCGACGGGGCUGCCGUGCCCCCCGCGGUGCAGGCCGCCCUGUCGUCGCAGCAGGCCAAGAUCGCCGCAUCGGUGUCGCCUUCAAGCGUCACGCAGAACCGGCUGGCGAACAGGAAGAGCAACAGGGACAGCGUGCAAAGGACGCAGUGCUGGUGGCUCCCGUACCUCGUCAUGGAGUUUGAGGUGAACCAGGUGCUGAUCACCCCCUUGGGCGGCGAUCUGGGCAAGCCGCUGUACAUGUACGAGACGCAUUUCGACGUGUCUCGUCACUCGGAGAUUUCCAUCCAGUGCUACUUGCGUACGGAAGAGCCCAAGCGCGGAGGCGAUGGAAUCGCAGAUGAUAUGGGCAACGAUCUCUUCAUGGGCGGUGUCCGGUUCACUCCGGACUUUGACGAUUCCGCGUCGCAGGACCAGUGGUACGACCUCGCGGGAGGUUCGGGAAGGAUCCAAAUAGGUGUUGCAUUCAAGCCGAGCACGGGUCAAUCGCUCACUAUCGAUGACUUCGAGCUCAUUACGGUUAUUGGGAAGGGAAGCUUCGGGAAGGUCAUGCAAGUUCGCAAGCGAGAUACCUCUCGUAUCUAUGCUUUGAAGACAAUUCGGAAACAAUACAUUGUUCAGCGAGGAGAAAUUACGCACACGCUAGCGGAACGAUUAGUCCUCGCUCGUGUCAACAAUCCGUUCAUUGUGCCCCUCAAGUUCAGCUUCCAGUCUGAGCAGAAGCUUUACCUUGUGCUUGCCUUCGUCAACGGAGGGGAGCUCUUCCACCACCUGCAGCGUGAACAGAGGUUCAACGAAGAAAGGUCACGUUUCUAUAGUGCCGAGCUGCUGCUUGCCUUGGAGCAUCUUCACGAGCUCGAUGUCGUCUAUCGUGAUCUGAAACCUGAGAACAUCUUGCUUGACUACACUGGUCACAUCGCGUUGUGCGACUUCGGAUUGUGCAAGCUCAACAUGAAAGAUUCAGACAAGACGAACACAUUCUGUGGCACGCCAGAAUACCUCGCGCCUGAGAUCCUCUGCGGCCAAGGGUACAACAAGACGAUCGACUGGUGGACCCUGGGUGUACUCCUGUACGAGAUGCUUUCGGGACUUCCCCCCUUCUACGAUGAGAACACAGACGUCAUGUACCAGAAGAUCCUGCAUGAUCCUCUCGUCUUCGGAGACGAUAUCGGGGUCGAGGCACGCAGCAUCCUCACUGGCCUCCUCACUCGGGACCCCACACAACGUCUCGGAGUCAACGGGGCAGAAGAGAUCAGAUCUCAUCCAUUCUUUGCGAACCAUAUUGACUUCCAGAAGCUCAUUCAGAAGAAGAUUCAGCCGCCGUUCAAGCCGAGCGUGUCGAGCCCAGUGGAUGUGUCUAAUUUCGACACCGUCUUUACGACUGAGGUCCCCCUCGAUAGUGUCGUCGAAGGGUCACAGCUUUCGCAGACCGUACAGGCUCAGUUCGCAGGCUUCUCGUACGACGGCACCCACAUGCCUAUCAGCCCUUCGUAA